AUGACCGUCCUGCAGGGUAACGCGCUCCUCACCCCCACUUCUUCCCUCCCUCCUCUCCCCCCUUCUUCCCUCCCUCCUCUCCCCCCUUCCCCCCGGCGCUCCCCCCUUCUGAGCGGAAGCUGCAUGACUGGCCUGCAGGCGCGCCACGCCGUGUACGGGGGAGUGCCGCGCCACCCCGUCGGCAUUGACGUCGGAGGGCGCUCGUCCGCCUCCUUCUCCCCCCUCCCGCCGCCCCACUCGCGCGGCCCCCCCGUUCCGCGCAACCACAGCGCGGACCGCCCCCCGCCGUCUCUCUUCGCGUCGCCGCACGCCACCCCUCCGCGCCCCCCGCAGAUCUCCAAGUCGCUCUCGCAAGGCGCCUCCUCCUCCGCGCUUCAGAAUACUCCCGCCUCCUCCUCCCCCCGCGCGCCCGCGGCCUCCUCUUCUCCGCGCACCUCCCUUUCCGCCGACCCCUCGUCCCUGUCCUUCCGCCCGCGCGCCCUCUCCGCCUCCUUUGCUGGGCGCGGCGGGGCGGGCGCACGGGCAACGCUGUUUGGGCACGAGAUGGCGGAGUGGGGGGACGAGGGCGCGGAGGAGGAAGAGCCCGCGGAGGCAGGCGCAGGGGCAUGGGCGGGAGAGGGAAAGGGCGGAGGGGCGGAGCCAGGGGAGGGCGGAUUCGGCAGCCAGGCGGACACGCCUUACCGCAGGGGCGGGGGGGAGGAGCUCAGUGGCGGAGGGGCGCAGGCAUGGGCGCAGGCUGGCGGGCGGGGGGAGGAGGGCAGUGGGGAGUGGGGGCAGGGCGAGGGGGACGAGGGGGGUGCGCCAGUGGCAACAGGCAGCAGCCCCCCCAACCCCUCCGCCGCGUUUGGCCGCCAGUCCACCCUCCCCCCCCGCCUGCCCCGCCACGCUAGCCCCCUCCAGACGCCCUCCCCGCGCUCUUCCGCCCGAGCAGGCGCGGCGAGGAGGAGGGCGCUGGGGUCUGGCAUGUGGGCGGGGGCAGGGGGGAGCGGGAGGUGGGCGCAGGGGGAGGGGAGCGGCGAGAGGGAAGGGGAGGAAAGGGGAGAGGAGGGAGAGGAGGCGGAAGAAGGGGAGGCGGUGGUGUGGCCGAAGGGGUGGGCGGAGAUAGAUGCAGCAUGGUCAGAGGGGGAUAUGGGCGGGAGCAUGGGCGGAAGUAUGGGGGGGGACAUGGACGGGGGAGUGGCAUGCACCCAGAGCAUGGAUGGCGGGCUUGGCAGCAGCAGGGGCGGGCGGCAGGGCAGCCGAGGGAGCAUGGAUGAGGAGGGGGGGAGGGGAGGCAGUGGGAGGAGACUGAGUAUGAGUGCGAGCAUGAACGCGAGCAUGGGCAUGGGGUUAGGGUUGGGCGGGUUCGGCAGCAGCAGUGGCAGCGGGGGGGGCGUGUCCCCACCACCAGCAUCGGCAUCAUCAGGCGCAUUGGCCCCCUCCAUGUCGCUGCGCCGCCUCUUCUCCCGCCACGCCUCGCCCGCUGCACAGCGCGAGGAGGGCAGCGCUGCACAGCUGGCCAGUGCGGGGUCGGGCAUGGGGGCGGGGCGAGGAGGGGGCGCGGGGGAGGGCGAGGGUGAGAGCAGCGAGGGCGAGGAGGGCAGCGCAGGCACCUUCACCCGCCAGUACACCGCCCCGCCCCGCUGCUCCGCUGCCUCCCAAGGCGACGGUCGCAGUGGGGAGCUUGAACCCCGGGGGAUGAGAGGGGCGGGGGGCAAUGACUGCCACCAGCCUGCUGACCUGGACCGGCAGGGCAGCUUGCCUGCCACGUCAGCAGGCGAGGGUGACGAGAAGGCAAGGGAUGGGAGGGAGGGGAGGGAGGGGAGGGAGGGGAGGGAGGGGAGGGAGGGGAGGGAGGGGAGGGAGGGGAGGGAGGGGGCUCGGGGUAGGGAGCGGCGCAACAUGAACAUGAACAUCAACAUUGGGUCGAAGCUCAAGUCGCUGUGGGAGGCCAAGCCGGGUGCCUCCCCGCGCAGCAGCAUGAGCAACAGCGGCGGCAGUGGGCCUCCCAUGCAGCGCAGCAGCACGGACUCGCGGCGCUCCCCCACGGGCGGGAUGGGGCGAGGGGGCAUGCAGGCGGGAGACGAGGGCGCCACGGAGGGCAAUGAGGCAGCGGGGCUGUUCCGAUCGCACACGAGUGGACGCAUGGGCAGUGGCACAGGCGGGAGUCCAGAGGGAGGCACAUGCGAUGAUGAGAGUGGCAGCGGCAGGCCAGCAGUGCGGCAUGCGUCCAUGGCUUUCCACUUCUCGCCCGCCGUGCUGCCCCCCUCCUCUCGCUCGCCCCGCUCCUCCUCCUUCCACCGCUCGCUCUCCGUGCCUCGCCGCCUGGCUGGAGCUGCAGCCGGCGCAGGAGGGGAAAACGGGGCAGGAUGUAAUGGCGCCGAGGGGGACGAGAGCGAAGAGGGGGUGUUGCAGGGAGAGGACGUGCAGGCAGAUACAGCAGCAGGUGCGCCGCUCUCCCCGUCACCACUAUCCCCCUCGCCACUCUCCCGUUCGCCGCUCUCCCCUGCAGUGUCCAGCAGUCGCCACAUAGCACGCAGCUUUCAGAGUGAGAGGGAAGUGAGAGGCGGGGCCGGCAUGGUGGGCACUCUCGCCACUGGCAGCGCUCCAGGGUCACCCAUGCGGGGGGCAGCAGCCACGCAGGCUGCAGCACGCAUGGCAUCGGUGGCACGCGAUGCAGCGACAGUUGGGAAUGCAGGGGCGGAGGAGGCGAGGGGCAGUGGCAGGGCGGAGGGCGGAGCAGCAGAGGCGCGUGAGGAGUUGGAGAGAGGGGAGGGCAUUGCAGCAGGAGAGGCAGAUGGCAGCCGAUUGGGCAGGGAGAGUGCAGCGAACGGAGAGAGCAGGGGGGCGGAUGGUGGAGCGACGGCGGAGGAGGAGGAGGGGCCAGCGAAGGUGAAGGUGACGCGGCGGCAGUACAUGGAGAUGAAACGCGCUGCAGAGGCCGCUGCUGCCGCUGCAACAGCAGGAGGCAGCAAUGGCGCCCCUCCUCCAGCAGCCGUGCCCACCAUUCCCGCCACCCCGCGGUCGCGCUUCGCUGACGCCCUGCAGAGCCCGCGCCUGCUGCCUGAGUGGCACGGCGGGCGCGGCAUGGGCGCGGGCAGAGGGGCCGGCAGCGUGCUGGAGAGACGCAAGUCGGGGCUGCGAGGCAAGGCGGCGAGAGAUGCCGCCACUGCUGCUGCUGAAAGGGCUUCUAGUGAAGGCGGUGCUGUGGGUAGUAGCGUGCAGGGUGGAGGGGAGGGCAGCCAAGGUGGAGAUGUGGAGGGUAGUGGUGCUGUGAGGCAGGCAGGGAGCGUGGGAGACGCAGGGACACAAGGCGAGGUGGGAGGAGUUGAGGAGGGCGAGGGGGAGGUGGUGAAAGAGGCCAGGGAGGACAGUGGAGCAGUGAGUGCUGACUUGCCAUGCCUGCCGCCUCCUGACGCCCCUCAAGUCGUGCAGUGCCCACACUGCGCGCAAGCCCUCGCCGUGCCGCCCAUGCCGCGGCGGCGCAAGCAGGGAGGCACGCAGAAGCUGCGGUGCGGCGGCUGCCAGCAGGUCUCCACCUUCGCCGCCCCGCCCCUCCCCGCGCACUCCCAACCCUACCAGCCGCCCUUCGCCCCCGCCCACCCCCCCUCCUCACCAUCAGCGUCCCUCAGCCCAUCCCCCAGGUAUCCCCUCGCCUCCCCCUACCGCUCCCUCUCCUCCCCCCUCGCGCGCCUCCCCCCCGCCAUCCCCUCCAGUCCCCGUGGUUCCCCCAGUUCCCCCGGCGCCACGGCCAGGGCGGCCCCCCAGUCCCCCCAGGGUGUUCCAAGAAGCACGAGCCAGGAGAGUGGGUCGAGGGGGGCGGGGGGUGGCUGGCAUGGGCGCGGGCAGGGCGUGGGGAGCAGGCGGGGCGAUGUGACACGAGACCUGUCGCCCCUCAGCGUGCCCUCGCCCCGCCUCGCCCGCGCUCGAGCCAACCCCGCCCCCUCGCCCCUCAAGGCGCACUCAGGUGCGCGCGGGGCAGGCAGGGCGGUGAAUGGCGUGGUGGGGGCGGGGGGAGGAGAGGGGCGGCUGCAGGGAGGUAUGAGCAGCGGUGGGCAGGAGGGAGACGGAGAGGAGGGGGAUGGGGCUGAGGAUGUGGGGGGGCGUGUGAGUGGCAGGGGGGACGAGGGCGAGUGGGGUGGGGGGGCAGAGUGUGGGGAAGAAGGGUGGGAGGGGCAGGAGAGGGAGGGGGAGGGGUGGGUGGGGGAAAGCAUGGGGAGCGAAUGGAGUGGGGGGGCGAGCACGGAGUGGAGUGGGGGAGGGGGCAGCGUGCAGUGGAGUGGUGACAGCGCCAGCGAGUGGACGGGGGAGCGCGGCGGGGCGAGGGAGGGCGAGACGUAUGAGCGGCGAGUGGUGGUGAACGGGGCUGCCAUCAGCGAUGCGGAUGUGCAGCAGGCCGAGCUGCUCGCCGGACCCAUCGACCCCGGCCACUACUGGUGCCCCCCUCCUCCCCCCUCCUCCUCUCUCCCACACCUCCUUCUCCUCCACCUUCCCAAACCUCCUCGAACCUUGCUCUCUCUCACUCCCUUUACCUUGUUCCAUCGUCCCACCCCCUCCUCCGUCUUCCCACCUCCUCUCCCUCUCGCUCUCCCGCAAUUCCUUGUGACACACAAGUCCGUGUGUCCCAGCCGUGCUUGCUCGCUCAGCUUGCCCCACUGUCCCGCGCUGCGCCCCUACACCCCUCCGCAGGUACGACAUGCGAGCUGGCUUCUGGGGAGUCAUGGGUGGACCCAGCCUCGGUAUUCUGCCUGUGAGUUCCGCCUUGCACCUCCCUGCACCCCUCUGCACCUCCCUGCACCUCCCUGCAUCUCCCUGCACCUCUUCACACGUCUGCGCCUCCCUGCACCUCCUCACACCUCUGCACCUCCUUGCACCUCCUCACACCUCUGCACCUACUUGCACCUCCUCACACCUCUGCACCUCCUUGCACCUCCUCACACCUCUGCACCUCCCAGCACCCCUUCACGCCUCUGCACCUCCCUGCCCUGCACCUCCCUGCAUCUCUCUGCACCUCCCUUCACCUCCCUGCACCUCCUCACACCUCUGCACCUCCCAGCACCUCCUCACACCUCUGCACCUCCCAGCACCCCUUCACGCCUCUGCACCUCCCUGCAUCUCUCUGCACCUCCCUUCACCUCCCUGCACCUCCUCACACCUCUGCACCUCCCAGCACCUCUUCACGCCUCUGCACCUCCCUGCUCUCCUGCAUCAUUCAUGCACUACACAAGUUGGUUCUAUUCAUUCACACCUUCACACACUCGUCCUUGCUGGUCCCACCGCACGUGCCACCUCCCCUUCCAACCCUUCAACUCGGAUCUUUCCUUCCCUCCCCCCUUCUUCACCACCUGGUCUCCCCCUUCCCUUUCUCACCCCCUUUUCCCCAUUCACCCCGCCAAUCCCAUCUGCCCCUACACCCCCACCCCUCCGCCCCCAGGCGAACAUACCGCAGCUGAGGGAGCCAAUGAGGCGGGACUGUGCGGGGGGGCGCACGCGGGUGCUGGUGAACGGGCGCGAGCUGUGCCAGCGGGACCUGGCGCCGCUCACACGGCGGGGCAUGCCGGGGGCAGCGCAGCGGCACUACACUCUGGACGCGUCGGGGCACCUGCGCGAUGCCGCCUCCUCCGCCCUCGUCUCCCACCUCGGCCACCUCGCCCCCUCGUAUGCCUCUUCCUGCUGCCUCCUAUGCCCCUGCCUGCUCUGGCCUAUUCCCCUGCCUGCUCUGUCCUAUUCCCCUGCCUGCUCUGGCCUAUUCCCCUGCCUGCUCUGGCCUAUUCCCCUGCCUGCUCUGGCCUAUUCCCCUGCCUGCUCUGGCCUAUUCCCCUGCCUGCUCUGUCCUAUUCCCCUGCCUGCUCUGGCCUAUUCCCCUGCCUGCUCUGGCCUAUUCCCCUGCCUGCUCUGGCCUAUUCCCCUGCCUGCUCUGUCCUAUUCCCCUGCCUGCUCUGGCCUAUUCCCGUGCCUGCUCUGGCCUAUUCCCCUGCCUGCUCUGGCCUAUUCCCCUGCCUGCUCUGGCCUAUUCCCCUGCCUGCUCUGUCCUAUUCCCCUGCCUGCUCUGGCCUAUUCCCCUGCCUGCUCUGUCCUAUUCCCCUGCCUGCUCUGGCCUAUUCCCCUGCCUACUCUGGCCUAUUCCCCUGCCUGCUCUGUCCUAUUCCCCUGCCUGCUCUGUCCUAUUCCCCUGCCUGCUCUGUCCUAUUCCCGUGCCUGCUCUGUCCUAUUUCCGUGCCUGCUCUGUCCUAUUCCCGUGCCUGCUCUGUCCUAUUUCCGUGCCUGCUCUGUCCUAUUCCCGUGCCUGCUCUGUCCUAUUCCCGUGCCUGCUCUGUCCUAUUCCCGUGCCUGCUCUGUCCUAUUCCCGUGCCUGCUCUGUCCUAUUCCCGUGCCUGCUCUGUCCUAUUCCCGUGCCUGCUCUGUCCUAUUCCCGUGCCUGCUCUGUCCUAUUCCCCUGCCUGCUCUGUCCUAUUCCCGUGCCUGCUCUGUCCUAUUCCCGUGCCUGCUCUGUCCUAUUCCCGUGCCUGCUCUGUCCUAUUCCCGUGCCUGCUCUGUCCCAUGCCUCCCUCCUUGCUCCCUCGUAUGGCCACCUCGUAUAAACGUGUCGAGGCCAACCAACUAGAACGAGAAUGCUGA